AUGCUGGCACUCUACCACGCAAAGCUCGAACAAGUGCAAUAUCGGUACCAUCCCGACUUGAGCGAAUUGGUCGAUCCGAUUCGUCUCCGUGGCUACAUGCUCUGCCGCUUCAUUCGUGAAGGCUACUGCGACGAAGCCAACGAGCUCUUGGACAAGUUCUCGGGCCGCAGCGAUCUGAAGCUGCCGUCGCGCCUCUCGCCCUUGCUUCGGUGGACGAUCGAUAGCGCGGCCAAGCACCGCGAUUUGGCGCUUAUCAAGCGGCUCCACGCACGAGGCCUCGGCGCGGCCUCCGUGCGAGCCAUGGACGUUGCGGCCGAGCACGGGGACUUGGCCAUUGUUGACGAAGGGUGCUCCAAGAUUGCGUUCAAAAAGGCAAAAAAGCACAAGGAGGUACUGGCCUUUCUCAAGGCGCAUCGACCCAACGACGCGCGGGUCCGGCCACCGGUCUACGGCGAGCCCAAGGUGCCGUUGUCCGAUGUGUUGUCGUGUGCGAUUCAGUAA